AUGCCGUCUCAAUCUGACGCAAUCAAGGAGGCGUAUAACGCCGGAAUCUUCGAAGGGAACAGACAUUCCCUCUACCGAGAUAUGUUCAGAUGGUCUCAGGAACUGCGCAGAGGAGAGCAAGUCCACAUGAACAUCGCUUCCAAACUUGACGACUUUUCCAAGGGCUGGCGCACAGGUCAAUUGAAGGAGAUUGCGCAGCUGAAUCUUCAGUCCGAUACCGAUGUUCAACGCUACAUCUGUCGCAAGGUCGACCGCUUGUGUGAUGCUAUGGACUGGGUGGCCGAUAUUCUUCGCAGACGUCUGGCCUGUGAGGUGGAUAUUGCGGAUAUGCUGGUUGCACUGGCGGUUCAUGUUGGGAGAAGUCGAUAUCUAUGUAUGCGGACACCGCUGCCGGAUCUUUAUGCCGAUGGGUUGGAUGCCUUUGCGGAAGAAGAGCAUGCGUUCUGGUGGAAGGUUCAUCGCAAUGCCUUUGUGCGGGAAAUCUCUUCUUGUCUGAUGGAGUCGAUGAAGUGCCAAUGUUGCCGCUGCGUGGUGUAG